AUGCUGAGCAAAGAACAACAAGCUAUAGUAGAAGACAUAUUAAUGAAGAAACAACAAAACCCAGAUGAGCCAUUGUACUUGUUCUUAACAGGAGGUGCUGGCACAGGGAAAACCUUCACUACAAAGGCAAUGUAUCAAGGACUUCUUCAUCUAUACAAUAAUGCAAUAGAUAGUCACCCAGACAAAGUGAAGGGGUUUUUACUUGCAUACACAGGAAAAGCAACUUAUAAUAUAGGAGGCACAACAUUGCACUCUGCAUUGUUCAUACCAUUUAACAAAUCCACUUCUAAUAGUCUACGUUCAGAAAGAUUAGAUGUAUUGACAAAGGAAUACCAACAAUUGCGUCUUGUUCUCAUUGAUGAGAUCUCUCUAAUUGGAGCUAGAAUGUUGCAUUGCAUUGACAAAAGAUUUCGUGAAAUAAUGCAAACCCUAACUAAACACUUCGGUGGCUUGGACAUUAUAUUCUGUGGUGACUUGUACCAGGCAGAACCUAUACACGAUUGUCUAGUGUUUCAAGCACCAACAAUAGACACUGACCUAUUGCCAUAUGAUUUUUGGCAACAACUUGUCAAAUGUUUCAAUUUGCAAACUACAAUGAGGCAAACAGAUCAGUUGUUUGUUGCUGCUCUCAACAGAAUACGAAUGGGCUCGCAAACCAAGGAAGACAUAGCAUAUUUGAAUAGCAAAUGUUUACGCACCCCACCUGUAGACCCAAUGUUUCCGUUUCUUUUUUACAAAAGAAAAGAUGUCGAUGCACACAACCAAAAUAUAUUAUCUACUCUUCCUGGAGAACUACUCAUAAUUAACGCAAUUGAUGAACACAACAACACUGUUCCUAUAGAACAAUUGUACAAACAUAGUGCAAAUCUCGCAAAUCAAAUAAUAUUAAAAGAAGACAUAUUGAUCGAGAUAUAUGGUGGUAACUAUGAUAUAUAA